AUGGUGCCAAACAGUCCCAAAAUGGUCACGGCGGAGCAGGCCGACCAUGUCGAUGAAAUUCUCCUCCAGCCUUGGUCACUCGAGAAGCGGCCAGAGGUCAUCGUCCCUCGUGCGGAUGGUCAGCCCGAGAACGAAAAGAUCACCGGACGACUGAUCCUCGCCUUCAUUGCCUUGAUCUCUCAGGUGAUUUGCUAUGAGAAUACGCUCCUCAUCCCGGGCUCGCUUUUGUCGUAUAUCAACGCGGAUCUCGGACCUGAUCCAGCUUACACGUGGAUUUCGGUAUGCUGGUCUCUUUGCGCUGCCGUCAUGGUUAGUGUGGCUGGCCGCCUCGGCGAUAUCUUUGGCCGACGAUAUUUCAUGCUGUGCGGUAGCGGUAUUGCAUUUGUCGGGACAAUCAUCGGAGCUACCGCAAAGGGCAUUCCUCAGAUGAUUGUCAGCGGCAUCUUCUUUGGCUUCGCGGCAGGCAUUCAGGAGACCUACUACGCAUGCCUGAUGGAGUUGGUGCCCUACAAUAAGCGGACUCUGUUUAUUGGUCUUGGAUGUAUGUGCGGAUUACCGUGCUUGAUCUCUCCCCUCAUCGCCUAUGCUAUGAUGGAACACUCGAGCCUCGGUUGGAGAGCUCCCUACUGGUACAUGACAGCGUGGGCGGGAAUAGCCUUUCUCCUUUUGUUCUUCUUCUACAAUCCGCCCAACUUCGACACCAAAUACCAUGGCACCAGACAUCGCCUCGAGCUGGCCAAAGAGAUCGAUUUUGUGGGAUUGCUCCUCUUCACCGCGGCCGCCGUCCUCUCUCUCGUGGGCCUCACUUUCGGUGGUGGGAUUUACCCCUGGAAAUCGGCCAACACCCUGGUUCCGCUCAUACUCGGCCUCAUCCUCUGGAUUGUAUUUGGACUAUGGGAAUGUUUCACCAAGUCGAAGCUCCCUCUGAUGCCGCCGCGGCUGUUCCGUCAAGUUCGCUCGUUCGACGUCGUCCUGGCCGUGUCAUUCGUGAGUGGAAUGUUCUACUACAGCGUGCCUAUAAUCUGGCCCCGAAUAACGGCACUCCUCUUUGUCCCGGCCGACAGAAUCAUCCUGCGUGGGGCCUACGCAAUCAUUCCAAACUUGGGUACCUGGGGUGCCGGUAUCUCGCUGGUUCUGAUUUUCUCCCGAGUCAAGCAUGAAAGAUGGGUGAUUGUCUUUUGUCUGGUCAUCCAGAUCUCUCUGAUUGGCUCUCUGGCUUCUUUGGGAAUUAACGACAACACCCAAGCCGUGGCCACCGUGUCCGUCCUGUCAUGUUUCGUCAACCAGCCCCUGUUUCUGGCGUUUGUGAUCAUCUCCCUCCAACUCGAGAAUCAAGUCGACAUUGGCAUUGCCUCCGGGAUUCUUUCUACAGUUCGUCUGAUUGGUGGUGCCGUGGGAACGGCUGUCUACAGCACAAUCCUCUCGGACGCCUAUGCCCCACGUCUCAAGCAAAACAUCGAACAAGUCGUGGCCACGACCGGGUUCCCGAAGUCCGAGACGGCCCAGCUUGUCAAAGCAGCGGCCGCGAACACGGCCAUAGCCUAUCAGGCGGUACCCCAUAUCACGGCCGAAAUUAUCAAGUUGUGUCAGGUGGCGGUGAAGAGCGGCUACAUUCACGCGGCUCACAUCGUCUGGCUGAGUGCUAUGGCAUUCGGUGGACUAUCGCUGAUCUGUGCCUUGUUCAUUCGAAGCCCAUCGGAGGCUCAGAGAACUGGCGCCAGAGCCGUUCACUUGCAGAACGAGUUGUCACCGGCUACUACGGACGAAGCAAAAUGAUCAUAAUGUGGACCCAUGCGCUAUUCAGACGGGCAAGAAUACAUGUCUCGAUGCCCUCCGGAAUGCUGGACCUGCAAACCUGCCCGACGGGCUGUAAGAAGAAGUCUGGACAUUUGAUGCCUUGGACGAAUGCUCAGAUCCUUCCUGAGGCCAAUUUCUGCUUCGG